AAAACCGACAGAAGCCCGCGCUUUCAAACGAUUGUUUUCUUCUGUUUCUGUCUGUCUGGUCCGGGUUCGCAAGCUGCGCCGAACCUUCAACUUAAAUUCCCUUGUCGUUUUCUGUGAUACCUUCGGAUCCUCCAAGAUGCCAUCGACGCUGGACCUGUGCGAGAAGCUUUACGGCACCCGGGACGUUUACGCCCUGUUUGAGGUGGACAAAAAGGCCAAGGAGAGUGAGAUCAAGAAGGCGUACUAUAAGCUCUCGCUGAAGGUCCACCCGGAUCGGGUCAAGGAAGAGGACAAACAGGAAGCGACGGAAAAGUUUAAGGUUCUGAGCAAAAUUCACUCCGUUCUGUCGGAUGCUCCGAAGCGGGCCCUGUACGACGAGAAGGGCAUCAUUGACGACGACGAUGAGGAAUCGCUCGGAGCGAACUGGCUGGCCAUGUGGCAACAGUUCUUCAAGCCGAUCACCACCGAGGACAUCUCAAACUUCGAGAAGGAGUACACCGGUUCGGAGCUGGAACGGAACGACAUCCGGAAGGCGUACCUGGGCGGCAAGGGCUGCUUGAACCACAUGCUGAACAGCGUCCCGUUCAUGAACUGCGAGGACGAACCGCGGAUUGCCGUGAUCGUGAAGGAGAUGAUCGCCGCCGGGGAAGUCCCCGAGUACAAAAUCUUCACCGAAGAACCCAAAGCCAAGCGAGACCGGCGGCACAAAAAGUACGCCAAGGAAGCGCGGGAAGCCGCGGCCAUCAAGGAGAAGCUCGAGAAGAAGGAGAACGAAAAGCGACAGUCGGCGUCCGGCGCCACCUCGUUGGAGCAGCAGAUUGCCCUGCGGCAGGCGGAUCGACAGGCCGGAUUUGCCUCGCUGCUGGACAAACUGGCGCAAAAGUACGGCGACGGGGACGACGACGAGGAAGCGUUCGACCUGGAGCAGUACGUGGCCAAAAAGAAGUCCAAGGCGAAGGGAACGCCCCAGGGCAAGAAGAAGCAGCAGGGAGCGACCGGCGGCAAAGGGGUAAAGGAGGGGCGGGUCUCGAAGAAGAGUCUCUAAAUUGAGGGCGGGGGGAUGUUCGUUAGUUAAGGAAGGGGACACAGGAUCAUCUUUUAGCACGCGUGAUCGCAACUUUGUAAACUCAUAAAACAUUACAUUACAUGGCACUUACACUCAAAGACACAUUUGAAAUAAAUUGUUAAUCAAUCGCACUGUCCAAAAAAUGAAA